AUGGCGUCCGCGACGGCGACGGCGACGGCCACCGUCGCUGCGGCGGCGCCCGCAUUCGCUCUCGCAUCGUCCCGCUCGCACCGCGGCUUCCUCCCGCUCCCUCGUCGCGCCGGCCGGCCCGUGCCCCAGUCGCUGCGGCUCGUCGCGUCAGCCGUGAGGCGGCGCCGCGGCGCGGUCGUGGUGGCAGCGGACGCGGCGGCGGCGGCGGCCGGGAGCGCGGAGUUCGGCGACGAGGAGAACCCGUAUGAGCUUCUGGGCAUCAGGCCGCUUGAUAGCUUCGACCACAUGAAGAUGGCCUACAAGAAGAAGCGCAAGGACGCCGAGGAGACUGGAGACGACGAGUUCCUUGCCAAGUUGGACAGGGCCUACGACACUGUCAUGAUGCAGCAGCUGCAGUAUCGGAAGAAGGGAGUCACAUACGGGUCUGUUCAGGUGUCCAAGGAUAUCAAGUAUGCUGACAAUCAACCAAUGGUGCCUUGGGGACCAAGAUUCUCCAGAUCAACAGUGAAGGACAUGCGCAUAAAUAUGGCGAUAUCAGCAGCAUUUGUUGUUUGGAUAGCUAUUAUGGGCAAUGCAGACUGGAAGCCUUUGCAGUUCCUAUGUUUUGCUUUCUUCUACAGAAUACUACAGAAGCUAAGAGCUACUGAACCAGCAAUAACUCCAAUAUACAAUGAAUAUGGUGAGGUUGAAGGACGAGGGAUAAGAAUGGCAAAAAGAGUAGUCCGUGCUUUGGGUUUGAUAUUUGGAUGUGUGUUCACUGCAUCCCUGGGCUAUACAGCAGCUAUUAACUUGAUUGAGCUUUCAAUGCAGUAUACUCCCCGUAUUGUUUAUUACUACCAGGAGCUGAUUGUUACUGCGGCUGCCUCCGUUCUUCUGUACAUCACAGCUUCAUACUACCGAUAA